AUGCCGACCUUAGGAUUCCUCAAGAAAAAGCGCACCAGAGACGCCAAUCCAGACUCAACAUCAGGAAGUCAACCGACAAGCCCUGUUACGCCAACUGCAACAAAGACAUUCGAGCAAGCUUUUCAACAGCCCUCCAAUUCCAUCGCGUCGGUCGCCUCCACAGCCUCGACAACAGCACAACCCAUUGCGGCCGCCACCGCUGGAUCACAAUCUAGUCAGCAGGGACUGCACCCAGAGAGCGCACCGGCCUCUGUCUCAACAGCCAAGGGCUCCGCACCAGCUCCGGCUCUAGUGCCGGCUCCCGCUGCUCCAACGAUGGACUCGACACAGCAGCACCAAGCCCAAAACCUGGUACCUGUGAACCCACCAAUGUCAACACCGUCGCCUGGUACCGAGGUCCCAAAUUUGCCGUCCAUCUCAAACCUGAUCAACCCUUCCCACAAUGGUCAGGCAGCUCAGCAGACCUACCAGCAAGGUCCAACAAACCCGCCAUCCUAUUCUUCGGUCCCGACGGCCACGGCCGAUUCUCAGACGCCGGCGACCCAGGUCCCACAGAAGCUGCCUCAGGCCCAGCAACAGCAGCAGCAAGCUCAACAAGCGGCGUUGCAUCCUCACCCUGGACAGCCAGUCAACCUUCAGCAGCAUGCCGUCGAUCUGCCUCGGGUGACCAAGGGCAAAUACUCCCUGGCCGACUUUAACAUCUUACGCACACUCGGUACCGGUAGUUUCGGUCGUGUCCACUUGGUCCAGUCGAGGCACAACCAGCGGUUCUAUGCUGUCAAGGUCCUGAAGAAGGCCCAGGUCGUCCGCAUGAAGCAGGUGGAGCACACAAACGACGAAAGACGCAUGCUUGCCCAGGUCAAGAAUCCUUUCCUGAUUACACUCUGGGGCACGUUCCAGGAUGCGAGAAGUUUGUACAUGGUCAUGGACUUUGUCGAAGGCGGUGAGCUAUUCUCACUACUACGGAAAUCAGCUCGCUUCCCGAACCCUGUUGCCAAGUUCUACGCAGCAGAAGUCACACUAGCAUUGGAGUACCUCCAUUCGCGCAACAUCAUCUACCGUGACUUGAAGCCAGAAAACCUGCUUCUCGACCACCACGGCCAUCUCAAGAUAACCGACUUCGGCUUCGCUAAGCGCGUUCCGGACAAGACAUGGACACUUUGCGGCACGCCAGAUUACCUCGCCCCAGAAGUCGUGUCCAACAAGGGCUACAACAAAUCAGUUGAUUGGUGA